GCAAUAUUCUCUUUGGCGCGUAAAUUAUCUCCAUGCGUAAUAUUUCUGGACGAGGUUGAUGCUAUAUUUGGGUCUAGAAGAUCUGACAUAAACAAUGGAGCACAUAGAGAAAUCAUCAAUCAGUUUAUGGCCGAAUGGGAUGGGCUGACAUCAAAGAACGAAGGUGUACUUGUCAUGGGAGCGACCAAUCGGCCAUUUGAUAUUGAUGAUGCGAUUUUGCGAAGGAUGCCUAGAAGAAUCUUAGUGGACUUACCAACAGAGAAAGACCGUGAACAGAUACUGCAUCUCCAUCUUCGCGACGAACAGCUUGAUCCAGCAAUAUCAAUGGCUCACUUAGCUAAAACAACACAUCUUUACUCUGGAUCCGAUUUAAAGAAUUUAUGCAUAAGCGCUGCAUUGGCUGCAAUACGUGAAGCUGCUCGUUCAGAUAUACUCACAAAACCAUCAACGAAGACGGUAAACAGUAAUGAUAAGGUGCCUUUUCCAAGAAGAAUACUGAGAUCUGAGCAUUUCCAGUUGGCACUCAAACAGAUAACGCCUUCAUGCUCGGAAGAUAUGACAAGUUUAAGCGAACUCAGGAAGUGGGAUAGUCUAUAUGGUGAUGGCGCAUGGAAUAGGAGGAAGAGAAUGAAAGGUAUAGGGUUUGAUGGUAGUUCAGAUAUAUCAGAUAUUUCAACAAACGGACUAUAA